GAAACGGCGGGUGAUUCUGUUUUUGUUUGAGUUGAAGCACGGAUUUAAAACAUACAAUAGAUGGCAAAUUGAUAUCAUCCUUUAGUACGACUGCUGUAACAUUUUGCCAUUAUAAUCAGGGUGUUUUAAUCCAAGCUUUAUGUAGAAAGCCAUAAUUGUUAUAACGGUUUUCAAACAUGGAGGGCAUGGCGGUACCGGGAAAGAAACUGAUGUCCCUUAAAACAUCAAAACAGACCUCGACAGUGGCAUCCAAGAUCAAGAAUAAGAUACUCAAUACCUCCUCAUUCUUCAAGGUCUCUUUGAAAACCAAUAACAAAGCCCUGGCCCUUGCCUUAGUGGCUCAAAAAGAGAAGAGCAGACAAAUGGAAGUGGAGAAUGUGCAUCUACAAAAACAAAAUGAAGCUCUCUACUUUGAUCUAGCAGUAAGGAGGCACAAGCACAAGAAACUGGUCCUUAUCUUGAAAGAUUUACACCGCAGCACUCUGGAUAACCUGGAAAAGGCACUCGACCUUUUUUCUGAUUAUGAUGCUGUCCCUGAACCAUCUAAUGACCUUAUUACCCCUGAGGCUGAAGAUGACAAUCAUCAGUUUCAGAGGGAAGCAGCUCAUAUUUCUCUCAAACCAGAGCAGUUGAUUUCACCCUUAAAACAGACAAGCAUAAACCAUAAGCCUAUUGUCAAGGAGAAUGCCACAUUCGUAAAUCUCACUGGGACACAAAGCAAACCCACAGAGUUAAAGGUCAAAGGCAAAGUAUCUGAGACUGAAAGCCAGGCGGACAAGAGUUUAUCAACUCAAGGAGGAAUGCUGCACAAGUCCAGUAGCUUCAGGACCGAGGUAGAGAGGUGGUCACAGAUCUUCUCAAACCCCGGACAAGACUCAAACCCAACCGUGUGCCUUGACAACCAAAUGCCCUCAGUUGUGCGUACAUCUGACAAACCACAGCCUCUUUCCAUAAUGGAGACAUUAAGACCUGGGUAUAUGCCUGCUUUUAUAAAGGAGACCACAUUAGAACCUGCUAACAUAGAAGUGAAGAUCCCCCUUGACACAGAGAUGGAAAUGACUUUGGCUGACAGCAUGGUUGAAAUAGUCACUGUAGAGACCAAGCCCAAGAAAGCAAAGACAGAUGGUGGCAUCAAGCCUAGGAAGAAGAUGAAAAAACUAUUAUCAAAAGAUUCUGAAGAAGUAGAGAAAAAAGUUAGAGUAAAAAAAAGUGAUUCAGCUUGCGUAAAAGACAGUCUUGAGAUGGGGACCUGUUUUAGUUCAGAGCUACCUCAGUCAUGUUCUGAGACCCUGUCGACUUUUGACAACAUAUCAAUCCGAGAUGAGGAAGAACAGCAACAAGCUGUAACUAAAGUCUCAGCCCAUGAGACUCAAACACUUGCUUCUCGCCGGAAGACUCACUUCACCUCCCGUAUCCCUAAGCACGGUCGACUUGCUCAUGAUACUCAGAAAGCAACGCAGGAGAAGUCAAAACCGUUUGACCCCAGGAAAACGUUUGUAGUUUCUGUCCCAAGUAAGUCCCAAAACACUGUCUCAGCGGACCCAUAUGAAGAUGAUUUCUUUAUGGACGGAUGCUCUGAAAACAAAGACAGCGCAAAAUGUGUAGACAAAGAAACAGAACAAAAAGAAUCAAAAGGUAAAUGCCGAAAGACGUUUGAGGUGAAAUCUCAGACUGACAACUGUAUGAAAAAGAAAACCUUGGAAAUCACAGUUUCCAAUGAGGUGCUGUAUCAGAGAAGCAAGAAAACACAGAUCUUCCCUUUAGAAGUGGUCCAUGAUAAGCAGAUGGUAGAGGAUACGUGUGUAGAUUUGGACCUACAGAGUGCCUGUGUGGACAACAAUGAUUCUCAGCCUGAAUCCAAGGACAUACAUCGUUCUUCCUGUUUAAAUGCCACUAUUUCACCCAGCACCAGACAGAAGAGCAAGAGACCUACAGACUCUGGCCAGACCAACAAAGGAAGAUCAAGAGAGACAUGUGUUAUCUCAGUGCCUGGCGAAAACUCAUUGCAAAAUACUUGUUCUGAUAAGCAGAUGGGCACUCCUGGUACAAUAUAUAGUUUUGCGGGUGAUAAGUCUUACACAGCCAGGGAUUCAAGCAUAGCGGAGCAUCUUCCUGUUACUGACCUAGACCUAAACCACUGUCGAGUCACUGGACGUGAAAACAAACAGCGUCCAGGUGGAGGAACACAGUCAUCUUAUAAACGUCCAUUUAGGGCUACCGAGGAACCAGCUGAGGGUCUGGACAGCCAGCAAAUGGAUGUAAUUCCUCCUUGUGAACCAGCUUCUGCCAUUAUAGUGCAAAAUCCUAAGAAGGCCAGGAAAGAGAAGACUGGCAAAUCUAAAAUGAAGGUGUUUUUAGAGGGGAUCUCGGUUAAGGAGAGGAAAAAGAAGGAAAGAAGCAGCACUCGUGGAUCUUCAUCCAGCCAGAAUCAAGAUAACAAAGGCAUGGCAUGUAUAGAGUUAGCACUACCUCAUGCGGAUACACUCGAAUGCAUGCCUGCAAGGGAAAAAUCCGAUAUUUUACUCGUAAAAUCACACAAAGAAACUAUGAAGAGUGAUCACAUGGAGGAGUUGUCUUCAGUUAGUACCCAGAGUCUGAAGACGGAAAGGGAUAUGCAAUGUAGCUCAAAGUCUCAAAUCAACACAAUGCACAAACCAAGAUGCAGGGGCACGUAUGUCAUACCGUUCAGUAAUAUGGAUUCCACUCCAAACGUUAACUCCAGGAGCCAAGAAGAAGAUGACGGGCUCUGUGUCAGUGAGGAUGCAGUACAUGAGAGCCUGAUGGAUUUGCUGGUGGAUACACGCCCCCCGUGGGAAACUCUUGAUUCUAUAAGAACUGAGUAUGAGCUGGACUGCCUUUACUCCAGCCCCUUAAAGAUGGCCUCUCGCAGAGUUACUGUGUAUGAAGAAGAGACUGCUCAAAUCAUUACGGAGCCAUCUCCAGCAGGAUGUGCCCUUAAGUCUGUGACCAAUACUAACUGGAUGGAAAAUGAAAACACAGGAAGAACGAGGCGACGGGGAGCUGCUGUCAGUUACAAAGAUCCUCCCAUCAACUGCAAAAUGAGGCGCGGAGAUAAGUUUACAGACACAAAGUUCCUGAAUUCUCCGAUAUUCAAAAACAAGAAGAAAAGGAAACAGAAGACAAUUGAAUGUGCUCCAGUUAAUUAACUGAAUUUUUUGUGAUUUUUUUACUCUCGGUUUUAUGCAGGUGUAAAAUGCUUUUUUUUAAAUAUAUAGCCAGUGAAUACUUUUUAUUGU